AUGGAUGCCAAUGGGAUCGACGAUGCCCUGGGCUUGUCAAAUGACAAGUCCCAAACCCUGGGUGCGUAUAUCUACCAACCGCCAAAACACGGAAAAUCAGCUGGGGAACGACCCUCGAAGCGCCGUAGAGUAUCUGCAACUACCGAUGGCGAUGACAAUUCGGAUCGAAAGUGCUUUGUGCCCCUUUUCAAUGGAGACGAGGCUGCCGAGUCCGUCCAGUUGCGAUAUGAUUUCUAUCAGCAGAUAUGGCCUAAGCAAGAACAUAAGAUCCAGGCUAUUCUUGAGGAUGUCGAUGCUGGAGUUUUGACGGAUGUCUUGUCCUUUGUCAGGGAUACUUCACCUCAAACCUGCGAUGGAUGCAUUCCUACCGCUAUGGUGACAGUUGGUUCGAACGUGUCCUCCCUUAGCAGACUGCUAGCGCGGCUCAAUGAUCAAUUAAUAUCGACGGAAGAGGGCAGUGUGGUGGUGUUGGAAUCAGGGGAUGCUCCCAAUUUGAAAACAACCUUGAAGAAUAUCAUUCGCGCUGCUAUUACGAAUACUGACGGCAAUGAUGGUUAUCAAAAGUUCCUUGGAGAUCGUGCUGGACCUCGACUUCUCGGUUACGAUCUGGACCUUCUCCAUGACUAUGUGCAGAGGAAGAAGACCAAGAAACUGGUCCUAGCUCUCCAGGAUAGCGAGGCUUUUGAUCCAGGUCUUUUGACCGACCUGUUGUCUUUAUUCAAAUCAUGGCUUGAUCGUAUACCAAUCACGGUUCUACUAGGAAUAUCAACGUCCGUGGAGCUCUUCGAAGGCCGAUUGCCUCGCUCAUGCGUUGCUCUUCUCCGGGGAAAGCAUUUUGAGGUCCAAGAAGCUGGCAAUUGUGUCGGCCGUAUCUAUCAGUCUCUCCAGUGCGACCCAGAUACCCAAAUCUGGCUGGGUCGCAACGUUACCACCACUCUAUUCGAAAACACGAGUGACUAUUUCCAAAGUCCGGAGGCAUUCAGUCGCAGGGUCAAGUAUGCAUACAUGUCUCAUUUCUUCGCAAAUCCACUGGCAGUAUUGUUAGCCAGUUCGACCUCAACGAUCCUCACGCAGAACAAGCUUUGUGAGGCCAUCAGAAACCUACCAUCAUUUCGAAUGUUUUGUGAGGAUCUAGUCGAAGAACAGUCCACGGAGCAAGUCCGAUAUAUGUUAGAGGACGAUGAAUAUCUUUUGCGAGAGACGCCAAAUUACCUCAACGCAGGCCAGGAAAGAAUGCGGAAAAUAUUUCAGGCAGUCCGCAUCGUACACGCUUGCCUCCAAUACACACAGAGUGCAAAGAAGGCCAAUGUAGCUGACCUUUCUAUUCGCGCACUCUCUGGUGAGCUAGCUGAAUCAGCCAUUGUGGAAGACAUGGUUGCCACGGCGAAAACGCUAGAUUCCGACAAGUUGAAUGAACUCCUCGCGGAUGUUCGGGCUAUUACGUCCAGUCCCGAGGUCGAUGAAAUCCAAGAGGACCUCAAGAGUUUACUGGAAACAUGUCCGGACACAGCUCCGCUCCGCAGUGGAUACAACAUCAACAGCACUGUCACAAAGACCACUGUGGUCCAGCAACGUAUCCAGCUAAGCAAAGGCAAAGCUGAUCUCUCAGAACAAGCCGCCGAAUACACCAACAUCGCCGACCGGCUUGUUACCCUUUUGCAAGUACAUCUCACGGAGACUCUCAUAAACCCACAGGAACUGUUUCUACAUGAAGUCUUCUUAUUUGAUCUGCGCAACCCACUAAAGGAAACAUUCGCCCCUCGGCCGCGUUUCGCAAUUGAGCGUGCUUUGGCUACUCCCUUUGAUUACCUCAUAUCCUCGUCGGAUGUGACUAUGAACAAGGUCUCGGCCAAGCAACCCGCCACCGCAAUCUUAUAUCAACUGUACCUUGAUUCGGGCGCGCUAGUGAAUAUUCACGAUCUUUGGCAGGCCUUUUAUGGUAUAUUUGAAACGGAAAAGGCUGGUGGCUGUGAUGACCGAGUCGUGAUGGCUUUGUUCUACAGCGCUCUCUCUGAGUUGAAGGCGUUUGGUGUGAUCAAGAAUAGUCGGAAGAAGACUGAUCAUCUGGCAAAGUCAGCAUGGAUGGGUCUUUAG